AUGAAGAACAGAUACGCGGGUCUGUCCAGCCUUUGGGCCACAUCAAGAUACGAUGAAGAAGAAUUCGAGGAAUCCGACGUUUGGGAAUCAGUUACCGGUCCGGACAAAACCGGAUUUCCGGUUCCCAUAAAGGCAUCGAUCCUCACCAAGCGCAUCCAAACGGCGACCGAGAUUUGUAUACCAAAACCCGGUAAGAAUAGCUCCGCAACUCGAUACGAGCAGCAGUCGGCCCCUGUGGACGUUCCCGAUUGGUCCAAAAUUUACGGCGGCAGAGGGGCGUUUGGCGGGAGCUGGGAGAGCGAGGAGGAUGAGUCGGAAGGGAAUUUGAUUCCGCCACACGAAUGGAUUGCGAGGAAAAGGACGUCGUCGUUUUCGGUGUGCGAAGGCGUGGGGAGGACAUUAAAGGGGAGGGAUUUGAGCCGGGUCAGAAAUGCGGUGCUCACCAGAACCGGUUUUCUUGAAUCUGAUUGA